CGCAGCUCAUCCAAAGAGCAAAUGUUGGCGCCGCAGCGCGGGAGUCAGCUAUGGACUGGAAAGAAAUCCUUCGCCAGCGGCUAGCGACGCCCAACACUGACCUAAAGAAAAAGAAAAGUGAGCAAAAACUGAAAGAUGAAGAAAUGGAUUUAUUUACUAUGUACUACUCUGAAUGGAAAGGAGGUGGAAAAAACACAAAUGAAUUCUAUAAGAACAUUCCCCGUUUUUAUUAUAGGCUGCCAGCUGAAGAUGAAGUUUUACUACAAAAAUUGAGAGAGGAAUCCCGAGCUGUCUUUCUGCAAAGGAAAAGCAGAGAGCUGUUAGACAAUGAAGAAUUACAGAACUUAUGGUUUUUGCUGGAUAAGCACCAAACACCACCUAUGAUUGGAGAAGAAUCAAUGAUUAAUUAUGAAAGUUUUUUGAAAGUUGGUGAAAAAGCUGGAUCAAAAUGCAAGCAGUCUUUCACAGCAAAAGUUUUUGCUAAACUCCUUCAUAUAGAUUCUUAUGGAAGGAUAUCUAUUAUGCAGUUCUUUAAUUAUGUCAUGAGAAAGGUGUGGCUUCAUCAAACAAGAAUAGGACUCAGUUUAUAUGAUGUUGCUGGUCAAGAGUACCUUCGGGAAUCAGACUUAGAAAACUACAUAUUGGAACUUAUUCCCACUUUGUCACAAUUAGAUGGAUUGGAAAAAUCUUUUUAUUCCUUUUAUGUUUGUACGGCUGUUAGGAAGUUCUUCUUUUUUUUAGACCCUCUAAGAACAAGGAAGAUCAAAAUUCAAGAUAUUUUAGCAUGCAACUUUCUAGACGAUCUGUUAGAGCUAAGGGAUGAGGAACUAUCAAAAGAGAGUCAAGAAACAAAUUGGUUUUCUGCUCCUUCUGCCCUAAGAGUUUAUGGCCAGUAUUUGAAUCUGGAUAAGGAUCACAAUGGCAUGCUCAGUAAAGAAGAGCUCUCUCGCUACGGAACAGCAACCAUGACCAAUGUCUUCUUGGACCGGGUCUUCCAGGAGUGUCUCACUUACGAUGGAGAAAUGGAUUAUAAAACCUACCUGGAUUUUGUCCUUGCAUUAGAAAACCGAAAAGAACCUACAGCUCUUCAGUAUAUUUUUAAAUUGCUAUAUAUAUUGAACAAAGGUUAUCUGAAUGUCUUUUCCCUUAACUAUUUCUUUAGGGCUAUACAGGAACUAAUGAAAAUCCAUGGACAAGAUCCUGUUUCAUUUCAAGAUGUCAAGGAUGAAAUCUUUGACAUGGUAAAGCCAAAGGAUCCUUUAAAAAUUUCUCUUCAGGAUUUAAUUAACAGCAAUCAAGGGGACACAGUUACCACCAUUCUAAUUGAUCUGAAUGGAUUCUGGACUUAUGAGAACAGAGAAGCCCUUGUUGCAAAUGACAAUGAGAACUCAGCAGACCUGGAUGAUACAUGAUCUCUCAAAGACUGAAUUAUAUUCAUUAAGAUAAACUUGAAUGUAGCAUAUAAAACCUUUGGUGCACAAUCCUUAGAAAAGACUUAAA